CAGUCAUCAUCACCGCUGGGAGCUGUGAUACUGAGAAAACCCACCCCAAAUCCUCUCCCCCUAACAAACACCACUCCAUGCCGCUCCGCACGCUGCUCCGGCACCUCGCGGCCGGCCAGUUCGCGCGCCUGCAGGCGCUCACCGGCGCGGCCACGGCGCCGGCCGCGCACCGCGUCCUCCACCUCCUCCUCCGCACCGCGCCGGUCCCUCCCCUCCCCGACCUCGUCUCCCUCGCGCGCUGGUCCCGCUUCCACUUCCGCGCGCCUCUCCCGCUCCGGCUCCACGCGCUGCUGCUCGCCCGCCUCGCCUCCCACGGCCUCCACCCGCUGCUCCGCUCCGAGCUCCACGCCCUCGCCGCCGCCCGCCUCCACUCCCCGGCCUCCAUCCUCCGCGCCCUCCCCGCGUCUUCCCCCGCCGCCGCGCCGCUCAUCGCCGACAUGCUCGUCCUCGCGCUCGCCAGGGCCUCCCAGCCCUUGGCGGCGUACGAGGCCUUCCUCCUCGUCGGCGACAACCACCCGCGCCACCGCCCCUCCGCCUUCUCGGUGAACAGCCUGCUCUCCGCCCUUUUCGCCGCGGGGCGGGUCGACCUCGCCGAGCGGACUUUCAAGGCGGCGCUCCGGCGGCGCGUGUCGCCAGACCUUUUCACCUUCAACAUCGUCGUCUCUGGGCUCUGCAAGGCUGGGCAGCUUCGCAAGGCCGGCGAUGUCGCCAAGGACAUCAGGGCGUGGGGGUUGACCCCCUCUGUGGCCACCUAUAAUGCUCUCAUCGACGGCUACUGCAAGAAGGGUCGUGUCGGGAGGAUGUACCACAUCGAUGCGCUUUUGAAGGAGAUGGUCGAGGCUGGAAUCUCGCCCAAUGUUGUUACAUUCAAUGUGCUGGUUACUGGGUAUUGCCAGGACUCGAACACUGCUGCUGCGGUGAGAGUCUUUGAGGAGAUGAAGCAGCAAGGGAUUGCGCCCAGCAUGGGGACAUACAAUGCACUUGUUUGGGGUCUCUGCAGUGAGGGGAAGGUAGAGGAAGGGGUGAAGCUGGUGGAUGAGAUGCAGGAUCUGGGGCUGCCGCCUAAUGUGGCCACCCUGAAUAGUGUGCUGAAUGGGUUUUGCAAAAAGGGCAUAAUGGUAGAUGCUGAGAAUUGGGUUGAUGGUAUGGCACAGUGGAAUGUCGGACCUAAUGUGGUUACUUACAAUACCUUGAUUGAUGGAUAUCGCCGGCUCGGCAAAAUGAAGGAUGCGGCGGCGGUGAAGGAGGCAAUGGCAGGGAAGGGGAUUAGUCCAAAUGUCAGAACAUACAAUUGCCUAAUAGCUGGGUUUGACCAGAGUGGGGAUUGGAGGAGUGUUUCUGGUCUUCUCGAUGAGAUGAAGGAGAAAGGUGUUAGAGCUGAUAUUGUUACUUACAAUACACUUAUUGGUGCCGUGUGCUGCAAAGGGGAAAUACGUAAAGCUGUAAAGCUCUUGGAUGAAAUGUUGAUGGUUGGUUUGGAACCAGAGCAUCGGACUUACAACAACAUAAUAAAUGGGUACUGUGAGAAGGGGAACAUUAAGUCUGCCUAUGAAAUUAGGACCAGGAUGGAGAAAGGUAGGAAACGGGCAAAUGUGGUCACAUACAAUGUGUUCAUCAAGCACCUUUGUAGAAUGGGGAAGAUGGAGGAGGCUAAUGAGCUCCUGAAUGAGAUGUUGGAGAAAGGUCUCGUUCCAAAUAAGGUCACCUAUGAAACAAUCAAGGAGGGAAUGAUGGAGAAAGGUUACGUUCCUGAUGUAAGAGGACUUGCUUGCUCAGAAGCCUCUCAAAAUCUGACAUCCUGAAACGCUUGGUACCUGCUGUACAGCCUUCAGCUUAUGUGUCCGUACAAUUAUUCUCAAGUGACAUAUCAUGCAAUAGACCUCCUCUGCUCUUGUGAUCUGAAUGUACAAAAGCUCAGUACUUGCAGUAAAGUUUGACCCUCCACUGCUGUUUGUUUACUACCCGUUUUGCAAUCUGGGUGGGCAAGGGUUCUAAUCGGAUUUCGGGGAGUGCUGGACGGGUAGAUGCCAUUGUCAGCAACAACAGCAAUAAAAAGGAAAGAGAAAGUAUAACUAAACAGAUUAUAUGCUUAUCUGCCAUCUGUUGGGAGGACAAGAAACAAUAUGGUUUCAGACAGGGCUGCACGUAGGGUUGAAAUACAGGCGGAUAGUUUCCACAUGAUCUGGAGCCAAAUCGGGGCAAAUUGAAAUUCUGAAAGAAAAUUUACUAUUUGGUCGGAGUUAAAUCCAGAUUCGAGUAGCUAUCUGCCGGCUACGGAUAUUUCCUGGAUUUGCCCGGUGGUUUCCUGAAUUUGAAAGCCAAAGGUACAAUACAUUUCACCCUUGUCUUUUUUAUGUGCAAAUCAUAUUAGGAUGUGAGGAGUGCUUCCAUGCUCUUCCAAAAUUAGAUUGCAAGGGCAAAUUGUUAUUGCAGUAAGUUCUGAUGCCCAAGUCCCAAGAUCUUUUGCUUUGUUCUCCGACCGGCCUCUCCAGUGGCGCCUCGCCAUGAUCCACCUCCAGCAGCCUAGCGUGAAAUCGAUCUAGCGUGCCACCGCAGCUCCCUUCCGUGUUGCCUCAACCAGGCUGACUAUGCACCUCCCAGCCAGUCGAUGCCUGUAUCGACGACCUCUUUGCGCUUAUGGCACUCGUGGAGCAGAUUGGUAGAUUGAGUGGCUCGUCGUGUCACUGCUGGCUUUAUUGCUAAGUACCCCCUCUGUACCAAAAUGUAAAACGUUUUUUUUA